AUGUCCCUUCCAAGUACCGCCUCAUCCUCGGAGGCCGAGACCAGCUCUGCGCCCGAGCAGGCCGAUUUGCGGGCAAACACCGAGCGUCGUGCGAAUAACGAUCGCGCCGAAACGGCUGCAGCGCAGAUCAUCCUUGAUUCAGACGACGAUGACUCUCUCGAACCUCCAGGCGUGUUUCGAUCCCACUUUGGACAAGCGGCGGGCCGCGAUACAGUCUCCAGACAAACAUUGCCUCACCGAGGUCUCCCGGCAGUACGCGCCCCUCGUAGCAGCGGCGGUCUGUCCGUAAGGACCGGGGCAACCUAUGAAACGGCGAUAGACAUUACCUCUUCUUCCCCGGAAUUCGAUGAUGAUGUUAAUGACGCGCGUGAACAUCAUGAUGUGCCUCGAUCUCCCGCUUCGUUGUCUAGAAGACAUUCACAAAGAUCGAGUUACGUAGGGGACGAAUAUCCUGUCCCAAGAAGACCCCCAUUCUCCGCAAGCGCACUUGACGCAGACAGAGCUGAAAGGUACUGGCCGAGUGAUCUAGGUCGGUCGAAUUCCUCAUCGUCAGGCAGGCGACACCUUAGUCUUGGGGAACGUGGUGGUUACCGAUUCCCCGAUGUGGACACAUCAAACGAAGGGAGAGGUGUUAUUAUGGAUGGUGAACCGCAACCACACAGAAGACCAUCAUCCAUAUUCAUGCCGUAUCAUUCACACGAAACGGUGGAUGACCUUCAAAACAUGCAGAGAUCGCCUGUUACCACCAGAAGGGUUCCCGGCGAACACACAUUGCGAUACUCCAUGGGCGCGCCCGGUCCACCUCGACAUCCAAGUUUCGAGAUACACGAUCCAGCUGUGCAAACAAGGUCGUUCUCAUCUCGACAUUCCAUGGGCGAGUCUUCGAGCUUCUCCCGCCACGGCUCCCAUCAACUAUAUUCAAGUAUGAGCAUGCCCCGGUGGCACGCAGGUACCGAUGAACUCAAUCGAACACGCAGGGAUAGGGUCUCACUCCCCGCUCCAGGCGAGACAUCACAAAGCAGGACUCUUGAUGAGAUCUUUCCAGAGGUCAAUCUGCCUAGGUGGCAACCUGAUUCGGAAGUGUCAAGCUGCCCGAUAUGCGGAACGGUCUUCAGUUUCUGGCAUCGGAAGCACCAUUGCAGGAAGUGCGGGCGAGUCGUCUGUGCCUCCUGCUCACCCCAUCGGAUCACCAUCCCCAGACAAUACAUUGUUCGGCCCCCGGAAUCCUCGGACACGCCUCCACCUGGAUUAUCCCCCUCUUCGUCCUCCAAUGUGGUUGAUCUCACGACGGAUGACACAGUCACCUCAAACCCCGUCAUGAACCCAGCCUUGGGUGGCGGAGAAGAAGUCCGUCUGUGUAAUCCCUGUGUACCAGAUCCCAAUCCGAACCCUCUCGGCUAUGAAUCUAUUCGCCCACAUGGUCAUCGUUCGACUCAUUCGCUUUCGUCCACGAUUGGAAGCAUGUGGACGGUAAGUCGCCAGUCGAUCAGAUCUCCCUUGUCCAUACUAACCAAUACAUCCAACAGCCUGAAACGCGUGGCUCAAGACAGAGCCGCCGUACCGUGGGUGCCAAUGACCGACCUUCUGCCUUCAGCCAAGAGACGCUACGAAGUCCUUUUAAUCAAACAUCGACUCGAGACACCCAUCAACCCAGGAGCCAACACCCCGCAUUUAACCCACCACGACAAGUCCAGCGCCCGUCUGCAGUAUCCGAACGAGAUCUGUGUCCAAUUUGCGGCAAUCGAUUCCCCCCUUACCGACGAGUAUCCCGUCGAGUCUCGUGAGGCUCACAUACGCCAAUGCAUUGAAGGCUAUGGAGCAGGUCGAGGAUCCCCAGCUAGCCAGAGCCAGGGCGAAGGCUCAGCACGACAAGCCCUGCCAUCACCGCCCAUCGCGCGAAUGCUACAAUUCACAGCGACGGAGAAGGAUUGUCUCGGGGAAGAUGGUGCAGUUGCCGAAUGCACGAUCUGCAUGGAAGACUACGAGGUUGGGCAGGUCCUGGCCCGGUUGGAGUGCCUGUGCAAGUUCCACAAGGAUUGCAUCAUCGAUUGGUUUGAGAGGAAGGCUGAGUGCCCGGUACACAAGGUCUCCUAG